CUUUUGACAGUUGAACCCAAGUUGAUCACCUCCUGUUCAACUGAAAACAUGUUAUUGAGUUCUCUAAACGUAUUUUAUCAAAUCGAAUGUCAAGUGCCGAGUGUAAGUGUGGAAAAUACUUUAAGAAACAGUUUACCGUCUUGAUCAAGUGCUAAAUUAGUUGUUUUAUUUAGUGAAUUUAAGAAAAGUUGAUUUAAUUUCUGUGACCAUGCCGAGAGGAAAUCGAAAUGGAAGGUCUGAACGCCGACGUGAAUAUUCCGGCAGACAGUCUGACGACGAGUCUAUCAACGACAAUGCCAGCGUCAUUAGCAAUAUCUCAGAGGGCAAAAGCGCUGAAGACAAUGAAGAAACCGACUUUCUAGCCCAAGAACAACUAGAAGAGAAAUUACUCGAACUCAUCGAUGGUCUCACACAGAAAUCCUCUCAGGGCAGAACGAACUGCUUCCAAUCCCUCACCAAAGCUUUCAUUAAAAAAAGUAUGCCAGCGUUUAUCAGAGAAAGGUAUUUCACGAUUUGUGAUGGUAUCGAGCGCAGUCUGAAGAAAGGAGGCGGCCCCGAAAAAACAGCCGCAGCCGAACUGGCCACCAUCAUGACCGUGCAGUUGGGUGGCGAAGAUGCCAGCGAAGAAAUCUACAAGUUACUCAAGUCCGUGCUGCUCACUACAAUCUGUGAUAAUUCCGCAGCUCCGGCAGUUCGAGCAAUGUGUUGCACAGCUCUAGGCCAAAUCACCUUCCUAGCUAUGGCCGACGUAAUGGACGCCCUGGUCAUCAUGCACCAGCUGGAAUUGAUCUACUCUGCGAGUUACUUAAAAGGUGACGGAAGCAUGCCAAACGUCACCGCCGAAACUGGUACCCUCCACGCAGCUGCCAUUAGCGCUUGGAGUCUGCUCUUUACCCUGCUAUCGCCCGGCAACAUAGAAAAAAUGAUCAACAAUUCGAAAACUCUCCCGUCUCUGGAAAAGUUAUCCGAACUACUGAAAUCUCUGCAUCUGGACGUGAGAAUGGCGGCCGGGGAAGCCUUGGCCAUAAUAUUCGAACUGGGCAGAGAGGAAAGCGAAAAUUUCGAGGAAGAUUUUGCUGUGGACGUGUUGGCAACACUGAAACAGUUGGCAACGGAUUCUCACAAGUACAGAGCCAAGAAGGACAGGAAACUGCAAAAGGCUUCUUUCAGAGACAUUCUAAAGUUCAUUGAGAGCGACACAGUACCUGAGCUGCAAGUGAGGUUCGAGAGAGAGAUGGUUCUCAUUGGUUCCUGGGCGAAACGGAAACAGUACGAGUCACUGUGCAAUAUUUUGGGGCCGAGCAUCAACUUGCACCUUGCGGAGAACGAGUUUUUAAGAGACAUUUUCGAAAUUAUUGAUGAACCAGUCAGCAACGACUUAGUGACUCAUUUUAAUUUUCAAAUGAACAGGCGUACAAAGCGUAUGGUUAAUACAGCCAACUCCAAAGCCAGGACUUUGUCCAGAGCCAAAAACCGGGAUAAACGCGCCAUCUUCUGAUAAGUACUUUUAUGUUGUUAAUUUAUUUAGCACAAUUUUUAUUAAUGUAGAGAAUAUACCUAGAAAAAUAUGUUGUUUAUUGAACUGUUGGGAUUUUUUAAAAUCCUGCUCUCUGUCCAACACUGUAUACUACAGUUGUUCAACCUAAUUUAAUGUUGUAAGUAAUGUGUGUACUUUUUGAGAAAUAAUAGGUUUGCAUGGGAA